AUGGGCCGUCCCGAGAAAGCUGGCGACUACACGGCUCCGCCUCUUCCCGCCGCCCUCGACACCGACACCGACGGGCUGCCGGUCUACAGCGCCACCUCGAGUGUCGCGGCGGCAGCAGCGGCAAAGGCACUGGUCGAGCCUCUGGGGCUGGUGAUCAGCGGGCAGUCGAUCUAUCGCGAGGAUGCGUUUGGGCUGGGAGCAGCGGCGGCGGCGGCGGCGGAGGCGGCAGGGCCGACGCAGCUAUACGCGAUGAACCGGGGCAUCGUGGGCUUGUCGCAUGCUGCCUCGAGUGUGACGUUUGAGCGGGUCGACCACGCUGUCCGGCAGCAGCAGGAGCAGCAACCUGGCCUUCCUCCUCCGCCUUUUCCUCAUGACGAUGACGACGGAGACGGCGAAACCGCUGCGGCCACGGCGCCGCGAAUCACGAGCCGCAACAGGCACAUCUACGACCUGCGGCACAUCGACGAGUACACGGUGACGUACACCACCAGGGAUAUCAACUGGGCGUUCUCGUGGAAUUUGAACCGCAAACUGGCCGAGUCCGAGGAGAUGAUCCCGCGCUUCUUCUGCCAGGCCGCGAGCCGGCGCAGCCUGGGCAACUUCGGGCUCCGGCAGGUCAAGUACAAGACCGCGGCGGCGGCGCAGACGACUGUCGGGUAUGCGGUCGUGCCGCUGGCACGGGGCCGGGACCGGGCAGUAAACGGGGAGCUGCCGCGAUUCGCGGCGGGGGAGAAGGGCAAAGGGUUUGCAAAGGCGCUGUUCGAGGUGCGUGGCUCGACGAGGAGGAGGGAGGUUGUUUCUGCUGCUGGUGCUGCCGGUAGUUCUGGCGGCGGCGGCCGUGAUACCGCCAGUAGGUUCAGGGGUAACAGCCUGUCGAGCAAGAGCAAAGGCAAAGCGGCAGCUGUAGACGAGCCGUACGCUUCAUCGCCAUCAUCAUCAUCACCACCACCACCACCACCACCACAACUAGAGUACGGCGUCGUCACGGAAUGGGAGUGGAUCGACGAGUUUGGUGCCCUGGUCGCCUACGAGGACCAGAUCCUGUCGCCGUCGGACCAGGGGCAGCUGCUGCCACGGCUCGUCACGACGGUGCCCAUGACUCGCGAGCUGUUCGACGUGCUCGUGAGCUGCUGGUGCAUGCGGGUCUGGUGGCAGAGCGCCGACAAGGACGGGCGUCCGAGCGGGCUUUCUACACCUGAGGGUGGAGUUACCACGAGGCUUUUGAGGGGUAUUGCAGGCGUCAACUUCCAGAUCUGGAUGAACAAAUCAGAUACUCGGCGAGCAGACAAAAAACACCGCAUUUUAUCUUCCCUCAUUCUUCCGGGCAUACCCGAGUGA